AUGCGCGGAAUACGUGGCGGCCGAAUUCAAAAACGCAGCCCUGGCUUUAAUCUAUUUUACCUAACUCCAAUUAUCAAGACUCGAAAACUUGUUGAUCAAUGGCAACACGACAUGUUCGAAGGCUCCAUUGGAGCUGCAACUGGCGGCCAAGCGAAACUCCAUAUAUCCAAUUUAGACUUCGGCGUUAACGACGAUGACAUUCAGGAACUCUUCCAAGAGUUCGGCGUGUUACGCAGAGCUGCUGUCCAUUAUGACCGAAGCGGCCGUUCACUCGGAACGGCUGAAGUCGUGUUUGCAAUCCGUUCGAACGCCGUGAAAGCCAUGGAACACUAUAACGGCUUG